GUGGUCUCAAAAUGUCUCAGAUCAAGGCAUGAGGCUCAGCUGCCAUCUCCACUCUGUUCGUGCCGAGAGCCGGGGGAUGAUCAUCCUACACACCCCUACUAGGACCUUGGGGAUUUUCUCAUCCUGCCAUAGAAUUGAAAGUUGACAUUAAAGCGCGGGAGACAAAGUGAAUGAGACGGAUCACGGAGAAGGCUCUGCCGCGGGUCCCCAUCACUCUUUCCUUGUUGUGCUUGUUGUGCGCAUGAACCAACUGACUCGGAAGGAAGGCGCGACCUAGAUAGCGUCACAGGUGACAGACGUUCCUUCCUCUUUCGCGGAAUCCCGAAGUUCGCUUAUCAGGAAGGAACGACCUACGCCUUGGCACGUAGCCUAGGAAACGACAGCCUAGGCAACGAGCUUAAGGAGCAAGUAGGAGAGACUUCAUCCUCGCUGUAUGGAUCGAAAUCUCUAUCUAGCCGCCUACCUCCAUGAACCCCUGCGAAACGUCGGAAUCAUUCUCCGCUCUUGCUCAAUGACCCAUAGGACAGCCCAACGAAACGGCCACGUUGACGCUUUUCCAGGUUCCAGCAUUUCACCUCCACGUUUUCCAUCAUCCAUGUCCCUCCCUUCUCCUAUCCCAUCCCAUCACACUGUCUCGAAACAACACCCGCACCAUCAAAAUGAGCCUAAACGCCCUCCUCAACCGCCCCGAACAAGACUCCUUCUGGCGCCGCCUGCUCAAAUCCCCCGCCACAACACUCGCGAAAUCCCUCUACGCCCUCCGCGGCUCGUUGGCGCCGUCGCCGUCGUCAUCCCCAGAUGAAUCAUCAUCAUCCUCAACAACGCCCAUCCACAUCGUCUGCAUCUCCGACACACACAAUACGACACCCUCCCUACCCGAUGGUGACAUCCUCAUCCACGCCGGUGACCUCACGCAAUCCGGCUCGUGGUGCGAACUCGAGGCCCAGAUUGCCUGGUUGGAUGCGCAGCCGCAUCGGUUCAAGGUUGUCGUUGCGGGUAAUCAUGAGAUUUGUCUUGAUUCGAGCUUCCCAGUUCCCCGAGCAAGUUCAGGUCCUCAAGGUGAGCAAGAGGUAAAGGAAGGGGGCGAGGGCGAGGGCGAGGACGGGGGUGACCAGCCGAUUGACUGGAAAUCACUCAUCUACCUCGAAAACACGUCGGCGACACUACGUCUCGGCUCUUCGCGUGAGAUAAAAAUCUUCGGAUCGCCCUACACGCCGAAACACGGGAACUGGGCGUUCCAGUACCCGCGCACGCGGACCGGGAUCUGGGACGAGACUGGUAUCCCCGAAGAUACCGACAUCCUCAUCACGCAUGGGCCGCCAAAGGGACAUCUUGAUCUUGGGUUUAUGGGCUGUGCGGGACUGCGCAGUGUUCUGUGGGGGAUGGAGCGCAAACCCUUGCUGCAUGUUUUUGGGCAUGUGCAUGGUGGAUAUGGGACAGAGGUUGUGUGGUGGGAUGGGCUUCAGAGGGCGUAUGAGGGGGUUUUGGAAGGGAGGAGUGUUUUUGAGCGGUGGGCCUGGCUAGCGAUGCUCAUUUGGUAUGGGAUUUUGGGGGUCUUGACUGGGUGGUCUGGUGCAGGAGGGAAGACGAUCAUGGUUAAUGCAGCGGCAGUGGGCGGGGUACGUGAUGAGAAGAGGAGGGAUGCUAUCUGCGUGGAUAUAUAGGAAUAUAAAAGGGCAGACCUAAGAAUCUUCAUUAUUACUUGGUGGCAGAUAUACCCCCAUAUCAAACCCCCGAAUCAUGCUGCUCAAUCCCAAACUCCUCAUCAUACCCAUUCCACAAAUUACACGUCCUCUUCAACUGCCUCGCAUCA